AGCACAAAAACAGACAUAAUUCUUAUACGCACUAAAAAUAGACGAGUUCAGAAAACUAAUCAUGCCAUAACGGUUCUUAAUAAUCAAAAGUUAACAACCUAGAAUUAGAGCCGAUAUAGACACACACACCCGUCACCCGUCAUAAGAAAGCUGUAUGAAGUCCCAAGAAAUAACAAAAUGUCUCCAUGCAUGCGCUGUGCGCCUGUGUUUUCCGCGCUGUCACAACCCCUAAUAUCUAUUUCAAACCCCUAAGCCCCCAAACUAAUUCUCUUCGCAUGCAAGCAAUCGUUAACUCGUCCAAGAAGAAGCCGCGUAGUCAUUCUUCUUCACACUGCGCGCGCGCGUGCGAUUGCUUGCAUGCCAAUGGAGGGUCACGCCGACGUCUCCGCCACAUUUCCGCCGCCUCCUGGCCACCACGGCGCCGACACGUAUAUCGUGCAGCUCCCGAAGGACCAAGUGUACCGCGUGCCGCCACGCGAGAACGCGUUGAUCGUGGAACAGUACCGCAACCCGGCCACCGCGAAAAAAAGACGCGGCGGUUGUUGUUGCUGUUGCAGCCGUCGUGCCUUCCUAACCGUCGCUCUUAUCGUUGUGGCAAUCGUUGCCGUCGUUGGCAUCACGCUGGCCACGUUGUACUUUAUUUUCAGCCCCUCGGGUCCCAAGUUUACUGUCUCCCAUGUGGCCGUUAAUAGGAACAAGAGCUCGCGGGCGGUGCCGCAGUACGAGGUUUCGUUGAGGGCGAGGAAUCCGAACGAGAAGUUGGCGAUUGAGUACCAGGAUGGGGACGUGUCGCUGUUGUUCGAUGACACUAAGGUUGCCGAGGGGAAGUUUCCGACGUUGGAGCAAGGGCGAGGUGAGGCGAGUGAGGUUACGGUUGAGCUGACCGGAUCCAGUGGAGCGUUGCCCAGGCGAAUGAAUGGUGGGGACGCAGCCGUGGAUUUGAAAUUGGAGAUGAAACUUGCGAUAAGGAUAAGAACCGCGGGACUCGAAACGUGGGCCAUGAGGUCCGAUGUGGCGUGUGAGUUUAAGGUCAGCGCUCUCGGGAACGACACGCGAGUCUUGUCACAGCAAUGCGAUACCAAGUUCAAGCAAUAUUAAUUUAAUUAAUUGGAGAAUAUUGGUUAAUUAACGAUUAGGAUCAUGGGAUAUGUAUCUUAUUGUUGUAGCGGUGAUUGGAUGAUAAAAAAAAACAUGGCAAACAGUUCAAUUAAACCAUGAAGUCAUCCUUCUCUGUUUUGUAAUUUUAAUAAUUAUUUCAAAAAAAUAUUUAAUUAAGUGGAUAAGUUAUG